UAGCUCUUAAGAAAGUCAUCGUUGUCUCUGAAGCUUUGAAAGCUUAGAGAUGAGGUUCACGUUUCAUGAUUCUAGUGUCUAAAUGUCAACAAGUUUCUUCUCCGCAAGGUAUUUGACGGCACAUCAACGUCGCCUCAGCUGCGCAGAACGGGUAGCUUGCCCUAGGCCCGAUACACUUCCAUCAACCGAUACUCUUCGUCCAUCAACAGAUACUCUUCGUCCAUCAACAGAUACUCUUCGUCCAUCAACCAGCACUCUUCGUCCAUCAACCCACACCGAGAGUGCCAUCAUGGAACAGGCUCUUCGUCCAUCACACGACAUCCCUUCUCCAUCAACCGACACCCCGCCUCCAUCAACCGACAGCAUGGAACAGGUAAAAGCCACUAAACGCCCCAAAUGCCUGUACCACCAAUCGGAGUUAGUAUCUCUACCCUUGUAUCACUUUGAUCGAACACUCACUCACAAUACUGGCCGGCUUCUCCACUCUCUUGCGUUAAAAAAUCAAAUGCUCGAUUGCUUUAUGGAAGGAUCGUGGACGUUAGCGCGCCCUGCGUUCAGCCCUCCGGCGCUGCCGCCCUCUCGUCUACAGAUGAAGACAGCUUCUGGGCUCAUGCCAGAGAGCUCUGAGCGUGCCCUGUGGGCUAGCAUAGCUAAUGUUUCGUCCAAACUGCACGACAAGCACGGCAACGACGCAGCCCAACCGAGGGCUUUCAUUCCCACCGCGUGCCCUCCUUUACGAAUUUGCUAGCGAAUAUCGGUUGAACACGGUGUUGACGACUCGGCCGAACGUCAGCUUCCCCCGCAGAUCAACGUCCUCUUGAGCGACAUCAAAGGGCUGAGAAGAGCGACAAGAGCAGUGAGAGCUUCCGCACUCCCUCUUGCGUCUACUUUCGUCUUCUCCCCUCACAACACACGUUCUCACUGCAUCAAUUGAGCAUUCAUCGCCGCUUCCAUCAGUUCUGCAUCCAUCAGCACAGUAUCCAUCAAGACUCCAUCUCCGCCUCGGACACGAG